GUUCUCCUUCCUCAUGUCGUGUCACAGAGCUGCAGUCUGACUGAGGGGAAUGAGACGGCCUGGUAGGGAUAUAAAACGGAUGGCGCCAUCACAGGACUGUGUGCUUGGACAUGGUUAAAAGGUAAAUAGAGACCAGGCUCUGGUGCAUCACGACAGCAGCCCUGUUACCAUGGAGACUGGUAAGCCUGAAUUGGCGAGUGCUGCUCACAUGAGCUCAGUGGUAGCGCAGACGGAGCGGAGGAUGGAGAUACAGGCCCCUCUGACGGCUGUGUACAUCCACACAGUGCCUGCUCUGCCCUCUCACCCACUCCCCCAGCCUCCUCUGGCUGUAGCAGACCCCAGCACUCUGCAUCUGACCAUGCCGCCGCUUUACUCUAAGGAGACGCUGCCUUUCCUGACGCUACACAUCGCUAGUGGACUUCAGCCCGGGCUGAGCGUGACAGCCUCCCCCCCUGCCGCUAAACCCAAAUCAGCAGGAAAACACUUGUGUCCUCAUUGUGGACGGGACUGUAUGAAGCCCAGUGUGCUGGAAAAGCACCUCCGCUGCCACACCGGGGAGAGGCCAUACCCAUGCACGGUCUGUGGAGUGUCUUUUAAAACUCAGAGCAACCUCUACAAGCACAAGCGCACCCAGGCUCAUGCACGACUAUCAUCUGAGUCUGAGCACAGCACCCUGGGCAGCAUGGGCAGCAUGGGCAGCAUGGGAAGCAUGGGCAGCAUGGACAGCUUGUCCCGCUCAACAGAGACUAACAGUUUAUUUGUGGAUGAGCAAAGUGAUCAAAGUGAGUGUAUUGGCAUAGAGAGGGAUGCCAAUUUACAUUUGGCUACUGAAAAGACACCUGUUGGCACUCAAACAUUGGAGAUAAAUGAAAAAAAUUUAAGUGCAAAGGCACAAGAGCAAGCAAAGGUCUCGCAACCAGGUGACAAACCAACAACAGAACGCCCUCCUUCAACAAACCGCCAUGUUGUCCUUCAGAGACAAGAGGCAACUCUGUUUUCCAAACAGUGGGAGAGCUCUGGGUCUAGCAGCAAAUCCCAAAGCCACGAGAGCACUGACUCAGGUUUCAGUGAGAGCAGUGAGCACUACCCCAGCCCAGGGAGUCUGCUACCUGACCACAGCAUGGACUCUCUGACCGAGACCACUGCGGAGCAUGGUGAGGAGUCUGCCAGCCAGAAAGAGAAUCAGGAAGAUAAAAAUGCCAUAAAGGAGCAGGAGAACAAGAGCCUGGAAGAGCGCAUAACCAAACUGAUCUCACAGAAUAGUGCCGUAGUGGAGGAUAAACAUCUGGAAAACGUAAGGCCUCGAAAGACAGCACUGUCAAAGCAAGGCAGUAUUGACCUUCCUAUGCCAUACACUUACAAAGACUCUUUCCAUUUUGACAUGAGGAUUAGUAAGAUAUCAAACCCUCAAAGAAAUAAGAGACCGGGUUUGCACAACUCUGUUCCAACACAGCAGUCAUCAUCAGUAGAACAUGCACCGCUAACUAGAAGCAACUCCCUGCCCUUCAGUGUGAACCUCCUCCAGUCUGACCGGAGCAGUCCUACCUCCUCCUCGUAUCAUAGAGAUUACACAACACUUUUUAGACGAGGAAGUUCAGGCCAGAUAAAUCCAACAAGUUUCUCUAUGAAGUCUGUGAACCAGCAAUUGUCCACCCACCGGCCCUUGGUUCGCCAAGCUGCUGUAGACUGCAACCACGCAACAGACGCUCUCUGCAAGAACUCAUCUGUAGAGGAGGCGUGCACUGGCAGUCUCUCAUGCCACGGUGAGGCUGGUGAUAUUUGUGGAGAUACAAGCAGCAGAAAGUUCCGGAGGAAGAAAGCACAGAAGUUUGCUUACAACAAGUGGUACAUGUACGGAGGUGGAACAUUCAAGAAGUUGUACGAGAUGGAGAGAGGUGGUGAGAACAAGGCUGCCAAGGGAUCUAAAUCUUUACCUAAUCCCGAGGUCAUUCAGAGUCUACAAAAACGUCUCUCAGCGGGACACUGUGAAACUACUGUAGUGUCAAGCCCUAGCUUAGUCAGAAGUGCAACAGUGCACAACCUUGAAACAUAUCCUGCCAAACUUCAACUAAUGCCAAAUGUAAGUUUUAAUACACAAACUAAUCAUAUUUUAGCAUCAUCCACCACCCAGAAAAUGCCUCUUCGGAGAAAUUUGUCUUUGUCAGUACUUCCAUUGUCUUUUCUUUCUUUGACACCAAACCUAAAUAUAGAUACCAAUAAAAGAAGUGAGGCAAGCAAUUUUAAAACUUCUUGCUCUGUCUCUCAAAGUCAAGUGAACGUUCCCUCUGACAGAAAAAAACAAAGAACUGAUGAGAAACUAUGUUCCCAGGGGAUGGAGACUGAGCAAAACCUUCCUCAGCCACAACUCAACAAUAUAAACAUUCAACCAAAUUCAACUCCUGUGUCACUUUUUCCAACAAAUACAAUCAAUAUAAAUGCACUACCUGUUACCAACACACCAGCCACGUCUAUUACCACUGCUGCUCAAAACAGUUUUAUGCCCAAGUACCAGCUUAAGUUGCCUAAUUCUCAGGAGUACGAUUCUAAUUCAUCAAUACAGGUUGGAUCUAAACUAACACAAAAUAACAUCGUCUCUGUAUCUGUAUCUGCAUCUACUGUCACAACUACAGCGUCAAAGAAAGACACUUUAAUUUGGACUCACCAGAAUAUCACAUCCAGUAAUUGCAGUUUCUUACUAAGCAAAUCUAUGCCAUGCACUGCCAGCCAUAUCAAUGCAAUUUCUCCUCUGGUUUACAAGUGUCCCGUGGCAGACACAAAAACCACCUCCAGUUUACGGAAUUCCCAUGCAGGGCUUUUCAGUACAACAAUACAAUCGUCCCCAUUUGAAGCUGGAGUUCCAACAACUACGAAAAAUAAUAGUGUCUCUUUCACCCCCAUCCAUAGAACCCAAUCAUCUCCUGCUGCUUUUACUGCUUUUGUACCCACACAGCAACAUGAGGCAUCACAGAAAAGUUCCCCAUCACCUUUGCAACCACAAACUGCAUUCAACCCUGACACAAAUACCCCAGUAAUACCUUGCCAACUAGUGCCUGGCCAGCAGACUGUGCCAAAAGUGUUUCAUGUUCAAACACCAGAUCUUCAAAUAUGCUUUCAAAUGAUAUCUGACGAGCAGUUGGCACUUAUUGAACCACAGAUUGAGAAGCAAAUAGGUAGCAGGCACAUACCAACUGAACAAGUGCAUGCUGCAACAGAAGGUGUGAAAAUCAACACAACAGUGGGCACUGAUAAACAAACCAGCCAUAGUCAUCAUGUGUCAAACAAGGAAGUGGACCCACUAAACAAGGACAGCGCUAAGCCUUCAAUAUGUGAUAAAUCUGAAAAAGAACGGCCAACUGUCCACAUGAGUCAACCCAUUGGUCAGCCUUCAGCCUUGUCCACACACCCACACAUUUGCAGCCAAGUAAACAAGGUCGCAAAGGAUGGGACUUCUGAGGGAGAUGAGUUGUUGGCAGUUGCCCCACCCGAAGACAACAUCUUGAAAAUAAGUAAAAUUGCACAAAAAACUCAAUUUUGUAAAGUUGCUGCCCAGGAUUGUCACUUGCCAGAAGUAGAGAAAAGCAGGGGUGAGCUAUUCUCACACACCUCUGACGAACACAAUACAAGCUCUGCAGCUGUCACUUGUACUCCCCAUAGUCCAGUAAACAAUGGAGUGCGUAAGUGUGAGGAGAAUCAUACAACAUUUAGAAAUGAAGAUCUGUGUUUUGGAAAUUCAACUGAAACAGUCACCAGAACCAGUCUUCAGCUCUCCAUGGUGUCACUCAGUCUAUCUCAAACUAACCAAAUCUCUGACAAGGUGGGACUUUCAGAAGGAUCAGCUCUGGCACAUGAAGCUGAGUUUAAACAGACUGCCUCUGUAACUCCAGUGUCUACUGAAGAGGCCAAAGCAGCUGCUACAAAUAUUCCAGACCAUUCUACAGGGAGCAAUGAAGGAGGAUCUGUUAGACGUCUGGAGCCACAGUCACACAGUGGGACCCCUGAGCAGCAGCAAGAGGAGCAGCCUGAAGAGCAACCUAAGGAGCAGCCUGAGGAGCAGCCUGAGCAGAAACCAGAGCCACCUCGCACAGACAGAGAGGGCUUCACUUACAUUCAGCUGGACACUCAGCAGGUAGAAGAGGCCAGUGCCAGGGUGGAUUCCUUUCCAAAUGGAUGGCUAUCAGAACAGCAGCCACUUCAGCAUCUUUCCCAGACACAAUCAGGACUGUGUGUGUGCCCUUCACAGCGCCCUGGCAUAGACCCAAAUCUACAGUCCAGCAGCAUAAUGGCAAAUAACGACUUCUGCAAUGUCCCACCAACGUCGCUGGUAAAGACUAACUCUUAUUUGCCUCAACACAUAGGAACUGUCUCUGUUUUAAGUCAAGCAAAUCCAAAUAAAGGUCCCUAUGACAAGAUGGUUUUGGAGGUAGGAUUUCAGGAAGCUGGACAAUUUCAGCAGCAAGACCAAAGACACGAUAGUGAAGCUUGCAAUGCCAUGGUUAACUCUGGUACAACUCACAUGAUAACAGCCUAUAUGUCUCAAAGCCAUACAAAUGAACCAAGAGAAGCCUACCUGCCCAACAGCUCUGCAUGUUUUAAUAUGUCAAGGCAGACCAAUGCCAUUUUCUCUGAGCACAUAAGCCAAGACAAACCACCUCCGCCAUGUGACAAGUUCCCCCUUUUAUUUGGGAUGGGUCAUUCGUUCAGUUAUCCCUCAACCGACACUCUGAGUGGGGCAGUGCGGGUGGUGCAGAGCAGUAUGGAAGCGGAGGACAGCAGCAGUGAUGAUGAAGGGAAGCUUAUCAUUGAGCUGUAGGAAAUGACAAUCAAGAAGUUUAUAUUUAUUCACAGGCCCAUGAGGCACAAUUUGCAUUAUUUGUAAUUGAAACACUGCAAAUAUCACAAAUUAAUUUUUCUUUUAUAUUGAAAAUGUGGACCUUGAUGCAUUUUUCCAAAGAAGUUUUGUUGAAUAUUUAAAUUGAGUCUGUUCUUAGGAGCAGUUUUCUAAUCAAUAUUGAUACUUUGCAGCUGAUGUCAUCAACAUUUCCUGGGGAUGUGAAGCUAACUGUAGGCACUGCUCUGUCUGAAGUUGUCUGAAGCUUUUACUCAAGUAAAGCUUUAAUCUGAGCUGUAUUUGAACACAAUCUGACAGUUAAGAGCUGACUAAAGUUAGGACAGGUGAGCUGAUUUUGUACUGUUAAAUAAGUCCCUCUCAAAUAGCAUACAGUCACAAGCUAGCUAGCAUUAGCCAACAGUUUUCAGUUAGCAAACUCAAAAUUUUGGUUGAAACAGGACCAUGAACGGACACACUGCUCACAUGCUCCUCAAAUGUGUAGUUUAAAUCCAUUUUGUAUUCUUUCUUGGGUUUUCAGACUAUCUUAAAACUUUUUGGCAGUGUUUGCUAAUGUGUGCAUUGUGUCACCAUGGUAACUGUGUUGAACAUUCCGUCAUAGACAUAUAUGCAAAACACCGCCAGCGUGAUGUCACUGCAAAGUAUCAGUUGUCCGAUAACUUCAAACUUAACUUUGUCGGUGUCAGUUCUUUUCAUUCUAAAUUGAAGCUGUAAUUUCUUUUGUACAGAGCAUACACGUUCAGUUAAAUGUUCAAAGUAAUUUUAUUAUCAAAGUUAUUACACUGUCGCAUCAUUGUUAUUUUCCG